AUGUGCGUUUUAUUGUCGGUUAAAAUUACCUUCGUUUCCGGUAAGUCAGUUCGAACGGAAAUCAACGGUGGUGCUUGGUGUCCGAAAGAACCGACAACGGCAGAACCGAAAGAAUGGUUGGAAAUAAAUUUACACACCGUGCACGUGAUAACGUCAACGGAAACUCAGGGACGAUUUGGUAACGGACAAGGUAUGGAAUACACUGAGGCUUACAUACUGGAAUACUGGAGACCCAAAAUAGGAAAAUGGGUCAGAUAUAGAGACGUGAACGGAACGGAAGUAAUACAAGGUAAUAGCAACACGUAUAUAGAAGCGAAAAGAGAAUUGGAUCCACCGAUAUGGGCGAGUAAAAUACGUUUUCUACCGUACAGUCAUCAUAAGAGAACCGUUUGCAUGAGAGUCGAAAUAUACGGAUGUCAUUGGAACGAUGGAAUCGUGAGUUAUUCGAUGCCGCAGGGUGACGUCCGUGGUACGGGAUGGGAAUUUUACGAUGCGACUUACGAUGGUUACUGGGAUGGAGAAUUGAGAAGAGGUUUGGGUCUUCUCACAGAUGGAAAAAUAGGACCGGAAAAUUUCAGGCUCGGAUAUUAUAAUUAUGGUAAAAGUAAGUCGGGGGGAUGGGUCGGAUGGAAAAACGAAACGAGAAACAAUCAACCGAUCGAAAUUAAAUUUGAAUUUGAACAAGUUCGAGAAUUCACUGCCAUUCACAUUUAUUGCAACAAUCAAUUCACGAAAGACGUUCAGGUAUUUUCCGAAGCUAAAAUAGUUUUCAGCGUCGAGGGAAAAUAUUUCCCGGGAGAACCCAUCACUUAUACUCACAUGGAAGAUAGAAUAUUCGAACAUUCUAGAAACGUAUCGAUAAAACUUCACCACAGAGUUGGGAAAUUUGUUAAACUUCAACUUUAUUUCGCUGCUAAGUGGAUCAUGAUAAGCGAAGUUACUUUCGAUUCAGAAAUUUUCCUCAUUUUAGACGUGGCACAUGGUAAUUUCACACCGGAAUCCCCCCCUCAUCCGGAAAUUCCGGUGCAAAGCGAUAUCUACGUCGAAAAUAAUAAUAAAAUUCAAAAUAAUAAUUUAGCACGAGAAACUCCCAUAUCGACGACUAAUCAAGAGGAUAGCACUUACAUGGCGGUCAUAAUUGGGGUACUAAUGGCGGUUAUUGUUUUAUUAGCCGUCGCCAUAUUUUUAAUCGUAUCGAGACACCGUCAGAGAAAAUGUUUUGCGAGUCCUCUCGGUAAUAAAAGUGCUUUACCCGGAAAUAGAAAUCACCAACACGUAUCGCUCGAAAACAGUUGCGGAACCGUGGAAAAAUCAGGAACCGUAAAUUCUUACGGGGAAAAAGUUUUAGAUGAUAAUUACAAUCAAUCGAAUCGAUGCGUCGGAACGAUUGCUUCCACGACAAUGUCUACACUACCUCCUUCGUCAAAUCCGGAACACAUACUUCUUAAAUUAGACGAUUAUCAAGAGCCUUAUCAAGCUUACAGUACCGUAGUCAUGGAAAUGAGAGAUUUUUUAAAUAAGGGAGAUAAUUUCACGCAUUCUGGUGAGGAUGAAAAAAAUAUCGAAAUCUAUAUAUUGUGUGUGCAUAACUACGAUUAUGCAGUACCUGAAUUAGGAACGAUGCCGUUACUUGCUCACGAUUCUACACUACAACAUUCGAUCAUUUCAAACGGCAAUUACGAUAAGGAUACAAUGUUUUCAAAAGUAUCAUCGACGAAUAAUUCGAAAAGUGGAGGGUCGGAGGAAGGGAAAGGGAAAAAGCAAGAAGUUUUGACAGCUUUGAGAAGACGUUUAGAACAUACAGCCGUGCCGGAAUUCCCUCGACAUCGACUAAGAAUGUUGUCAAAAUUGUCGGACGGAUGGGAUUUUAGAAUAUGGUUCAACAACUUCGCUCGACUUGAUUUUCACAGAGAUAUAAAAAUUCUUGCCGCGUUAGAAGAUCCGAACAUAGCAAGAGUUUUGGGUAUAUGCAGUCACGAAGAACCUCUUUGCGUUAUAAUGGAAUAUUUAGACCACGGAGAUUUAAAUCAGUUCCUUCGAAAUCACGUUCCUACGGAUGGAGGUAGAACUUUGACACUCGGAGUCAAAACCCUUAGUUUCAAUUGCCUAUUGUAUAUAGCUACUCAAAUAGCAUCGGGAAUGAGAUAUUUAGAAACCCUAAAUUUCGUACAUAGAGAUUUGGCAACGAGAAACUGUCUCAUAGGUAAAGCUUAUCAGGUUAAAAUAUCUGACUUCGGUACUGAUAACGAACUAUACGCUGGUGAUUAUUAUAAAGUGGAUGGAAGUCUCGCUUUGCCCAUUCGUUGGAUGGCAUGGGAAUCCAUGUACAUGGGUAAAUACACGACGAAAAGCGACGUUUGGUCAUUUGCCGUCACCCUUUGGGAAAUUCUUAAUUUCGGACGGAGAAUACCCUACGAAACGAUGAACGAUCCUCGCGUCGUCGAAAACGUUAGUCAUUUACACUUAAACGAUGGACAAUUUGUUUAUUUGCCCAGACCACCGACGAGCACGAAAGAUCUUUACGAUUUGAUGUGCGAAUGUUGGAGACGUAACGAUCACGAGAGACCAUCUUUCAGAGAAAUACAUUUGUUUUUACAACGGAAAAAUUUAGGGUAUGCUCCGUCAUCGUGA